AUGUGUAUUUUACUGACUGGUUUAUUUAAUUAUUUAAAGAUUAUACCAUUCUGUUUCACAUACUUUUUAUUAAAUUUUAGUUUCUUUGGAGCCAGCAAGCAAGAUGUUCCAGACAAACAGGCAGAUUAUAAUCCAGCAAAAAGUAGAUAUCAUCCUGUAAAUGAUGCCUGCUGGACGAACGGGCAGAUGGUUCCAUACUUGGCAGUUGCACGCACGUUUGAAAUGAUCGAAGAUGAAUCUGCACGCUUGAAGAACAUAGAGACGCUUAGUAAUUUGCUGCGUUCUGUUAUCUGUCUGUCUCCGGGGGAUCUUUUGCCUUGUAUCUACCUGUGUUUGAAUCGCUUGGGUCCUGCUUAUGAAGGGCUUGAACUUGGUAUUGGAGAAACUAUAUUGAUGAAAGCUGUUGCACAAGCUACUGGACGUCAGUUAGACAAAAUUAAAGCUGAGGCACAAGAGAAGGGGGAUCUCGGGCUUGUUGCAGAAAGCAGCCGCAGUAACCAGCGCACCAUGUUCACACCACCAAAACUUACUGUUACAAGUGUCUUUAACAAGCUGAAAGAGAUUGCCAAGAUGACUGGUAAUGCUUCUAUGAAUAAGAAGAUUGAUAUUAUUAAAGGCUUGUUUGUGGCAUGCAGGUGUUCUGAAGCACGGUACAUUGCUAGAUCUUUAGGAGGGAAACUUCGAAUAGGAUUGGCAGAGCUGUCUGUUCUGGCAGCUAUCGCACAAGCUGUGUGCCUUACACCACCAGGCCAAGAGUUUCCACCAGCUGUGAUAGAUGCCUCGAAGGGAAUGAGCACAGAGGCCAAAAAAGCAUGGAUUGAGGAGCAUGCUUUGAUCCUGAAACAGACAUUCUGUGAGUUACCAAACUAUGAUGCAGUUAUCCCAGCUCUUCUGAAGCAUGGAAUUAAAGAGCUUCCUCAACAUUGCCACCUUACACCAGGAGUCCCAUUAAAGCCAAUGUUGGCACACCCAACCAAGGGAGUUACAGAAGUGCUGAAGAGGUUUGAGGAAGCUGCUUUUACCUGUGAAUAUAAAUAUGAUGGAGAGCGUGCACAGGUACAUAUCCUGGAGAAUGGAGAAGUACACAUAUAUAGCAGAAAUCAGGAAAGCAAUACAUCAAAAUAUCCUGACAUAAUCAGCAGAAUUCCAAAGGUAAAGAAAGACAGCGUGAAGACUUGUAUCAUUGAUUCAGAAGCUGUUGCAUGGGAUCCACAGAAAAAGCAGAUCCAACCCUUCCAAAUACUCACUACUAGAAAACGAAAGGAUGUCGAAGCUUCAGAAAUUAAAGUCCAAGUGUGCGUGUAUGCUUUUGACAUGUUGUAUUUAAAUGGGGAGUCUUUAGUUAGAGAACCAUUUUCUAGAAGACGCCAGCUACUAAGAGAAUCUUUUCAGGAGGUGGAAGGGGAAUUCAUGUUUGCUACGUAUAUGGACACAUCAAACACAGAUGAAAUUUCAGAGUUUCUUGAUCAGUCAAUUAAAGAUUCUUGUGAAGGUCUGAUGGUAAAAACUCUAGACCAGAAUGCCACAUAUGAAAUAGCAAAGCGUUCUCACAAUUGGUUAAAGCUAAAGAAAGAUUAUUUGGAUGGUGUAGGAGACACUUUGGAUCUGGUUGUUAUUGGUGCUUAUUUGGGAAAAGGAAAGCGAACUGGAAAAUAUGGAGGCUUUUUACUAGCAUCAUAUGAUGAAGAGAGUGAAGAAUAUCAAACCAUUUGCAAGAUUGGAACAGGGUUUACAGAUGAGGAUUUAGAAAACCACUACAAUUUCCUAAAGGACUAUGUCAUUGACGGACCACGCAGCUACUACCGCUGGGACAGUGCAGCACAGCCAGAUCACUGGUUUGAACCUAUGCAAGUUUGGGAAGUGAAGUGUGCAGAUCUUUCAAUUUCUCCAGUUCAUAAAGCUGCAGUGGGAUUGGUGGAAGAUGAAAAGGGAAUUUCACUACGUUUCCCACGUUUCCUUAGAAUUCGAGAUGAUAAGAAACCAGAAGAAGCAACAAACAGUUAUCAGGUACUGUAA